GCUGGCAACUAGUGCGGACGGCAUCGUUACCUAAACUGUGCGCAAGAUUGUAAACGUGCCGCAAAAUCGAAAUUUGCGAUUGAAAUGGCUUCCCAAACGCAAAAAAGAAAGCAUAAAGCUCUUACGAUCAAAGAGAAAUGUGAGAUUCUGCAGCGCAUCGAUCGCAGUGAAACAAUGAGCAAAUUAGCGCAGGAAUACGGCAUAGGACGCGCUACAAUUUUCGAUAUCAAAAAGAAUCGUCACAAAAUCGAAGAAUUUCUGUCUAGCACGUCCGAGUGUGAUGUGAACAAGAGAAAAUCACUAAAGAAAGCGUGUCACCCUGAGGUCGAGGAAGCCCUGUACACGUGGUUUCAACAGGAAACUAACGCGCACAACCCCAUAUCUGGGCCCAUGUUGACUGAAAAAGCAAAGUUUUUCUAUAAUAAAAUAACUGGGAAAAAUGACUUCAUAGCUAGUAGUGGAUGGCUGGACAAAUUCAAGACUCGUUACGGUAUACGCUUAACUUGCGGAAAAGGAAGCAAAUCGGACGUGGAACCGUUUAAGAAGAAAUUUUUGCUGAAACUGCAGGAGAUGGAUCUUAGCCCUUCUCAGGUUUAUAACGUGGAAGAAGCGCGGCUGUUUUGGCGGGUGCCUUGUGAGACGGACGAUUCGGACGCCGGGGAAUGUAAGGCCGUACAGUGCUUGAGCAAGGAGCUCGUAACUUUUCUACCUUGUGCUAAUGCGUCGGGCACGCAUAAACUCAAGAUGACGGUAGUUGGAAAAUCGGAGAAGCCGCUAGCAUUAAAGAAAAUCGAUUUACCUCUGAACUACUGCGUACAAAAGAGAGGCUCGAUAACAAAGGAGCUUUUCAAACAAUGGUUCUUCGAUUGCUUCGUGCCGGAGGUCAAGAAUUUUUUGAAAGAACGUUAUCUUCCUCAAAAGGCACUGCUCAUGCUAGUUAAUGCUCCCGGACGUCCAUCCGAGGAGGAAUUAACGACCGAGGACAAAAACAUUACGGCGAUGUUCCUUCCAUCGAACUGCAGCUCGCUCAUCCAACCAAUGGAGCAGCGCGUUAUCCAGUUCAUCAAACAAGACUACAAAAAAAAGCUCAUGACGACGGCUUUAUCGAAAAAUCAAGCUAUCGAAGACACUUUAAAUGAAGUUAAUAUGAAAGAUUUGUUUUAUUUACUCUGUGAGUGUUGGAACGAAAUGCCCGACACCGCCAUCGCGUCCUCGUGGAACAACCUGUGGCCUGAAAUUGUUUUCGAAUACAGACCUCUACAGUUGGUAGUCGAUUAUGAUUUAAUACAUAAAUUUGCAAUCAGAACACAGAUAAGCUCUAAAAUUUUGGAAAACUGGUUUCAAGGAAGAAGAGAAGAGGAGAGUUUGCUUCAUAAAUUGUCGGACGAGGAAAUUAUGAAGCAGGUACUAUCGACUAGUGACACGGUGAAUGAGGUGGAAGCCGAAGAGUUGGUCUGCUCUCCACUAGUACCAGUCGAUGAAGCGAUCAAGGCAUUCGAGGUGGGGUUGCAGUGGGCCGAAGAGAACGAGGCAUCCUACGAGGAACUUAUGCUUUUAAGAAGGCUUCGUGAUAAGGCAUUACUUUCUCGAUUACAGAAUACUGAAAGCAUAAAAGUUGAAGAACCAGACCCUUUCGAACAGUAUUAA